AUGAAGGAGGCGGAGCUUCUGCGGUGCCAGAUCGGGGAAUGGUACCCUCGAUUCUGCCGCCACUCCAUCAAAACCCUAAUCCAUCCGAUCCCGGAUUCCUUCCUUCGCUACCUCCUGCAGGACGACGGGCCCUUCCUCCUCCCCGCCUCGGCCUCAGGCGUCGACCCAUUACCACGCCACCCCAACUCCGACGACCCUUUCUUCUCUGACACCACGCUCGCCGACGACGAGGAGGAAGAAGAGGAUGGAACCAACGGAGGGUCUGGUUCCGACAGCGACGGCGGCGGUUCCCUUCCCGAUCCCCCCUGCUUUCCGGAGUUGGAAUCAGCGGUGGAGGAGUCCAUCAAGGCCCUCGGCGGCUCGGUCUUUCCGAAGCUCAACUGGAGCGCUCCCAAGGACGCCGCAUCCAUGGGCUCUGGAGGGUCCCUGAGAUGCGCCACCUUCUCUGAAAUCGUCCUCCUCCUCAAGUCUUCCGACUGCAUCACCCACGACUUGUGCCACGCCCUCGAGUCGUGUUCUGACCGGAAACAGGUUUCUUCUGCCGCCAGUGGAUUCGACUUCUACCUCGCCCUCCGGAAAUGGCACGAUUCACUUCGCCCAGAGAUGGAAUUCCGGUGUUUCGUCCGCAGGCGCCGCCUGGUGGGCAUCUGCCAGCGCGAGGUCACCGCGUUCUACCCGGUGCUGGCAGAGAAGAAACAAGAUCUCAAGCCCCUCAUCAGAAGCUUCUUCGAGGAUGUCGUGAGCCCAGAAUUCGGUUCAGAAGACUACACUUUUGAUCUGUUUGUGACCCGAAAUGGGAGUGUGAAGAUCUUGGAUUUCAAUCCCUGGGGAUCCUACACUUUGCCUCUGCUCUUUGACUGGGAGGAACUGGAGAGGAAGGCAGAAUGUCUGGAGGGGGAAGGAGCGGAGUUCAAGGUCAUAGAAGACCGGUGUGGGGUCAGGCCAGGGUUGAAGACUGCCGUACCCUUCGACUAUCUUGACAUGGGCGCGGGAAGCGGUUGGGACCAGUUCCUCAGGAGAGUAGACGAAGAGCUCCGAGGGCAAACUCUGGAUUCAGAAGCUGGUGGCAGAUGA